AUGCCAGAACAACAGGAUACGAAGCACCCAGGCUUAGCAAAAGCUCUUCAGGAGACAUUAAGAGGACUCGUCGACAAUCCAUAUCCCCACGUCCGCAACCCGGAAAGCUGUAAAAAGCGCGCUUCUGUCGCCCUUAUCCUACGCGUUCGACCGAGAUACGAGCACUGGCCAGAGUCCAAUCCCCCACAGGCUGAAGAACACGUCAAUUCUUCUGCAGCAGAGUCUCUGGAUCGAUUCUUCGCGCAGGACUGGGUCCAACACGGCGAUCCUGAAGCCGUGUUUAUAAAGCGGGCAGCGAGAGUUGGGGACAGGUGGAAAGGUCAUGUAGCUCUGCCAGGAGGAAAGAGAGACCCAGAAGAUGAAGAUGAUAGAGCUGUGGCAAUCCGGGAGACUGUGGAAGAGAUAGGUUUCGACCUCAAAUCUCCGCAUGCUCUAUUUGUAGGCAAUCUUCCGGAGAGGGUUGUCAGCACGUCUUGGGGGAAGGUUCCGAUCAUGGUCCUCUGCCCGUUUGUCUUCCUUUGGACUAAGCCAGAUCUUCCCCCUUUCAAGCUGCAACCGACUGAAGUAGCAUCAACACAUUGGGUGCCUCUCAGGAUUCUGUUAUCGCCCUCCUCUCGCACAUACGAAUACGUAGAUGUAUCGGAUAGAUUCGCACGAAGAGGAGGAGCCAUGAUAAAAGCCCUCAUCAGAUCAGUACUCGGAAAGAUGCGAUUCUCUGCAAUCCGACUGGUUCCCUCCGAGUCCCUGUACUGCAGUUCGAUCGCCGAAUUCUUCUCCACAGAUUCAGAGACACAACCAGCUUCGACUCCAUUAAGCGUUAUGAUCUAUAAGUCGUAUCUUGGAGAUCACGCAGGAUCAGCAGAAAAGACGCGGCCGUUACUGCUAUGGGGUUUGACACUUGGGAUGUUGGCUGAUUUUCUGGAUCAAAUGCCCCCUCAUAACGCCAUCAAACUGUGGUCAUAUCCAACUUUCACUUCCCUAGAUGUUCGAUGGAUAAUCAAUCUCCUUACUGGGCCUCUGAAGCGGAAAAACCGUUUAUCUUUGCAAAAUGGUGGACUUGGGAAUCUGACGGCUAUAGAUAACGAGACAGAGGCUGUUACUUCGGGAGACGAUCUGUGGUCUACUGGUGGACCGAGAAAUAGCAUGAGCUCCAAUCAUAAAGGAAUCAAUAAGACCAGAGAGUAUGCAGUAGGAAUAAUGUUGGAUGGAUAUUACGACAUGGUUCGAAGAGGUGUCUGGAUCGCUGCUAGCUUAAGACUCGUUGCUACUGUCUUUUUAACGGUACAACUUGUAAGACGAUACAAGCUACGAAAGUAG